AUGAAUGAACGAAUUAUAUUUUUGUCACUUACGAAGGGUUUCUCGAUUUCUAUAUGUUCGUUGAUCCUAGUUUUUGCACUAUUGUUGACAAAUGAAUUUAAGGUCGGUGUUGCCAAUAAAACAUUCAGUGUUUCGGACUAUGAAGUGGUUGGCAAUGGGCUCACCGAUGAUUCUUCGGCAUUUACAAAGGCGUGGAAGGAUGCAUGCAGCUCAACGGCGGGGGCAUCGACCAUCAGCGUUCCGCAAGGAAAGAAGUACCAUUUAAAUCCUAUCAAUUUUGUGGGCCCUUGCAAGUCUUAUAUCAAUCUCGCGGCAUUUACAAAGGCGUGGAAUGAUGCAUGCAACGCAGAAGAAGGGACGUCGACCAUCGACGUUCCACAAGGAAAGACCUACCUUUUGAACAUUAUGGAAUUUGCGGGCCCUUGCAAGUUGAAUAUCAAUUUCACAGUAUUAGGAGAGAUCAUAGCACCAAAAGAUCCAAGUGCUUGGAAGGAGAAGGAUCAAUGGUUGAUUUUCGACAGUAUAAAUGGGCUCACCAUAAGUGGGCCGGGCUCAUUUGAUGGAAAUGGCAAGCCCUGGUGGGGCCUCUCCUGCAAAUUGAACCCCACGACCGGAUGCAAUACGUACGCGCCGACUACGCUCCGUAUCGAAAAGUGCAAUGGAGUGUAUUUGCAAGAUCUGCACUUCAAGAACAGUCCUCAGAUGCAUUUAAUUGUUUAUGGAAGCAGCGACGUUUACAUGAAGUCCUUGAACAUUUCCGCACCCGAGGAGAGCCCCAACACCGACGGAAUCCACAUUGGAUCUUCUCAUGGUGUCUCUGUUCGUUCUUCAAUUAUAGGCACCGGCGACGAUUGCAUCUCGAUCAGCGACCAGACCUCGAAUAUCAGUGUUUCUGACAUCCGGUGUGGACCUGGUCAUGGAAUAAGCAUUGGAAGCUUGGGAAAGGAUGGAGAGGAAGCAAGUGUCAGCAACAUCGACGUGAAGAACGUCGACUUUUACGGGUCAACUAAUGGAGCUAGAAUUAAAACUUGGCAGGAGGGAAGAGACCGAGUUAGCCAAGUUUUUUUCUCGAAUCUCAGGUUCACCGCGGUGAAAAACCCCAUCAUCAUUGACCAGUACUACUGCGAUGCUCGGGAUGCUUGUCCCAAAACGGAAACGGGAGUACAGAUAAGCGACGUGCAUUACCAAAUGGCAUCCGGGACGUCCAGCACGAAAGUGGCCAUCAACCUAAAUUGCAGCAACAACGUCCCAUGCACCAACAUCAACUUGGACACCAUCAAACUGGAAUCUGCGAACGAAGGAGAGGAACCCAUUUCUAGCUGCAACAAUGCCUUUGGAACUACAGUAGGAAUCGUCGAGCCCAAGUCCUGCCUUCAAUGAUUAUGAAAAAGAAAGCUGCCGGUGGUUGAGAACCCAGUAGUAGAUCGAGCAUAUCUAAAAUGUGUACAAAUCAAAGUGAAAAGAGUUUGAAGCUUUAUUUCCUGCAUUUGAAGAUUUGUGAAUGGUUUAAUAAGAAGUUAAAAUUGUUGCUUUCCCUUGUUUA